UUUAGCCAACCGGGACAUGCGCUGUUUUCAACCCCUGUGAAGUCAGCGCUUUUGUUACGUACGGAAGCCAGAAUCGACAAUCAACACUCAGCCAAAGGAGGAAACGCUGCUUCAUUCUUUCAAUUAAAAGAUCAUCUAGAUUUUUUAAAAACAGUGCUUGUAGGUGUGGCGUAAGGUGGUCGUGUGGUGUUGUUUCUGGCUUCACACCUGAAUGCCGUUCGAUGACUGGUUUCCAUUUCCGCAGAGAGGCGGACUGCUCGGCACCAUGGAGCCGGAGAUGGAGGACAAAACCCUGGAGCUGAUGUGCUCUUUGCCUCGCUCUCUCUGGCUGGGUUGUUCCUCGGUGGCAGAGAGCCUGUGUGCUCUCAGGUGCCUGCAGAGCCUCCCCACCUCCCGGGCCCACAACCAGAACCUAACUGUGAUGGAGUCGCAAAAUCUCACUGAUGACCUCUCACCAAAGAAGACGACAUUGUAUAAGAUGGGAAAUGGUACUCUGUCUGGCUCGAGGAAACGUCUGUCACGUGCCACCUUUGACAGGGAGAAGGAGAUGUGUAUCCAGAUGUUCGAACAGUGGUCAGAAGCUGAUCAGGUGGAAUUUGUGGAGCAUCUCAUCUCACGCAUGUGCCACUACCAGCAUGGCCACAUCAACACUUACCUCAAACCCAUGCUACAGAGAGACUUUAUAACAGCCCUACCAGCACGGGGGCUGGAGCACAUAGCGGAGAACAUCCUGUCAUUUCUGGAUGCACGUUCUCUGUGCGCUGCUGAGCUGGUGUGUCGUGAGUGGCACCGGGUCAUCUCAGAGGGCAUGCUAUGGAAAAAGCUUAUAGAGAGGAUGGUCCGAACUGAUCAACUUUGGAAAGGCCUGUCAGAAAGACAUCAGUGGGAGAAGUAUUUGUUCAAGAACCGCACAAAUGAAGUCCCUCCCAACUCAUACUAUCACUCACUCUACCCUAAAAUUAUACAGGACAUUGAGACGAUUGAGGCAAACUGGCGCUGUGGCCGACACAACCUGCAGAGAAUCCAGUGCAGAUCAGAGAACAGCAAAGGGGUUUACUGUCUACAAUACGACGAUGACAAGAUCAUCAGCGGCCUCCGAGACAACUCCAUUAAGAUCUGGGAUAAGCACACACUGGAGUGUCUGAAGAUUCUGACAGGUCAUACUGGUUCAGUUUUGUGUCUGCAGUAUGACGAGAGAGUAAUAGUGACUGGUUCAUCAGACUCAACUGUCAGGGUUUGGGAUGCAAAUUCCGGCGAGGUUCUUAACACUCUGAUCCAUCACAACGAGGCGGUCCUUCACCUACGAUUCUGUAACGGCCUGAUGGUGACGUGCUCUAAAGAUCGCUCCAUCGCUGUGUGGGACAUGGCCUCGGCCACUGACAUCAGUCUGCGCCGCGUGCUCGUGGGCCACCGGGCCGCCGUCAACGUUGUCGACUUCGAUGACAAAUACAUCGUCUCGGCCUCAGGAGACAGAACUAUAAAAGUUUGGAGCACCAGUACCUGUGAAUUUGUCCGAACACUAAAUGGACACAAGCGGGGUAUCGCUUGCCUCCAGUACAGAGACAGAUUGGUGGUCAGUGGCUCUUCAGACAACACUAUACGAUUGUGGGAUAUUGAGUGUGGGGCAUGUCUUCGUGUUUUGGAAGGACACGAGGAACUUGUUCGUUGCAUUCGAUUUGACAACAAGAGGAUUGUCAGUGGCGCAUAUGACGGGAAGAUUAAGGUGUGGGAUCUGCAGGCUGCUCUGGACCCUCGUGCUCCAGCUAGCACUCUCUGUCUGCGCACACUAGUGGAGCAUUCUGGACGUGUGUUCCGUCUACAGUUUGAUGAGUUCCAGAUCAUCAGCAGUUCCCAUGACGACACAAUCCUUGUUUGGGACUUCCUUAAUGUCUCUCCUAACGGACAACCAGAAGGACUCCCUCAUGCAGCCAGAUCGCCCUCACGUACCUACACGUACAUCUCCAGAUAGCGGGUACCUUUGAUGUGUGCCAGUGUAUCUUGGGAAAGCUGAGAUGUGAUUGGUUAUGGGCUUUGUCUGUCCCAGAAAGGAGUGAAAGGAACUGCCUCCUUGUUUUCAUCUCUCCUGUCUGAUAGAAAGCUUCUCCAGGAACACUCAAAUUUGCUACAGAAACCUAUUCACGCGCCAACCACGAAACGACAUGGAAACACUGUCUCUGUAAUACGAUAGCACACAGUACAAUUUUAUCGGUUUUGCUCAGCAUUAAUUCUAGAUUCACCCUGCAAAUGGCAUUUAGAAGCUUGAAAUGAUAUCUAUUGCCAGGGAAUUACUAAGACGUUCUUAGAAUAUAAUAGAAACUCUUGAUACCUGCACUAAACCCCCAACCCAUGUACAUGCCAAACACUCUGUCGAUAGACAAUUUAACUUUCCUGCUUCUCUGCUGAAACUGUCGAACUGACAGACUGCGGUGUUGAAGAAAGGGACUCUUAUCAAACCUGCCAAGGAGAACUGAGUGAAUGGACUACACGGACGGACUAGUGAAGUAUUUCUCUCCUUUUAACUCUCUGGCCCUGGGCUUUUUGCCAGACCCAGAAACACGCACUUCUGUUAAGUGCCGGAGAAUGACUGCUCUGUGGCAGCAAAACUGAGCUCGAUUUCUCCACCUCGUCUCUUUCUCGUCUCAAGGCUAAGGUGGGCAUUGUGCAUGUGAGACAGUGUGGAAUCCCUCCUUCUGGCUAUGCUUUUGUUUGUUUACUUUCAGAUUUUUUUUUUAUUCCUUUUUAUAUAAGUGUACUCCUUUUCAUUGUAUGGUUUUGCUAGGUCAUUCCACCCAAUGACUAGUGUUUGUUUUGCAGAUCUCUCCCUCCCUCCCUCUCUCUCUCUCUCUCUCUCUCUCUCUCUCUCUCUCUCUCUCUCUCUCUCUCUCUCUGCCUGCUUGCUGUAUGAUAGCAGAUUAUAGUUGUAAACGAAACUGUCUUGUCGAAAAAUUGUUGUUGUAUAUUAAAAUUAUUAUUUUUCAAGGAAAAUACAUUUAUUGUGAAUAAAGUACAAGACCGUGGUUA